AUGCCUCACUCCACCACCACUCUUCCCGUUCAACACGUCUCCAUCGUCGGCUGCGGUUCGAUUGGCGCUUCAUGGGCAGCGCUGUUUCUUGCCCAAGGCUUGACAGUCACGGCGUUUGACAUCAACGCCGCUGCGGAAACAACAUUACGGAAGCUGGUCGCCCAUGCCCUCCCCGUGCUCAAAUCUCUCGGUCUGCAGAAGACCCUCUUUGCGUCUGCCGACAAGAUCAUCUUCACAACCGACCUGAAGGAGGCGCUGCAACAUGCAGACUUUGUGCAAGAGAACGGACCGGAAAGACUGGAGCUCAAGCAGAAGAUGUUCGAGGAGAUGGCUGGUCUCGUACGAUCUGAUGUGAUCCUCGCGACAUCCUCCAGCGGUUUAACAUGCAGUUCAAUCCAGGAAGGCAUGUCUGCCUCAUCGAGCCCGGAGCGAGUCAUCGUCGGCCACCCCUUCAACCCACCCCAUCUAAUCCCGCUUGUCGAAGUCGUCGGCGGAACAAAGACAUCACAAGACACCAUCGACCGAACAAUGGCAUUUUACAACGCCAUGGGGAAAAAAGCCGUCCACGUCAAGAAGGAGAACGUCGGCCACAUCGCCAACCGGCUGCAGGCCGCACUCAUGCGCGAGAUGCUAUCCAUGCUGCAGAACGACACCUGCACCAUCUCCGACAUGGACGACGCCAUGGCCUACGGUCCAGGUCUCAGAUGGGGCGUCAUGGGUCCUAACAUGCUGUUCCAUCUUGCGGGCGGCGAGCACGGCGCACAGCACAUGGCAGAUCACCUGCUCGAGCCAGUGACUACUUGGUGGGCCAAGGAAGACCCGGUGCUUGACGACGCGCUGAAGAAGAAGUGGGUCGACAGCACAAUGGAUGCCGUCAGAGAGAGGAAGUUUGAUGAUCUGGUCACGCAGCGCGAUUCCGAGUUGGUGCAGCUGUUGAAUAUGAGGAAGGAGUGGGACGGAUAUGCCGAGGCGAGGAAAGGGCGGCAGCAGGAAUAG